AUGUCGAAGACCAAGCAUAUCAUGAUGGAGGAACCCAAGGGCUUCGAUAGUAGCUAUCAUAAUGCUCCCGACAUGGAGACUGGCACCGAAUCGCCAGUCGAAGCACCAGUCGGAGCCAUGGGAGAGAUUCGCCGUGAUUUGAAGUCCCGUCACAUUAAUAUGAUUGCAAUUGCGGGAAUGAUUGGAACCGGUCUCUUUUUACGCUCCGGAUCAGUAAUUGCAACUGCAGGGCCUGCAGGUGCAUUUAUUGCUUACAUUAUAAUGGGUCUGGUCACUGCCGGCGUCUCAUACACCACCGGCGAAAUAACAUCCUUUAUGCCAUCGACAGGAGGCUUCGUUCGCCACGCAACGAAAUUCGUCGAGCCAGCACUUGGGGCAGCUACUGGUUGGAAUUUUUGGUAUACCAUGUCCAUCUCGGUGCCAGCAGAAAUAAGUGCCGCCGCUACAGUCAUACAGUUCUGGAAUUCGUCCAUCAACCCCGCCGUCUGGAUUUCUGUGUUCCUUGUUUUGAUCGUAUUGCUUAAUCUAUGCGGAGUUCGGUUUUAUGGAGAGUCUGAAGUUGUCUUUGCUUCACUCAAAAUCUUAUUGAUUAUCGGGCUCAUCAUCGGUGGGCUUGUCAUUGACUUGGGCGGAGCUCCGAAUCGUGACCGUAUAGGUUUUCGCUACUGGAAUGAUCCAGGGGCGUUCAAUACAUACAUUGACAAGGGAGCAACCGGUCGUUUUCUAGCAAUAUGGAGCGUGCUGAUUUCAGCUGCUUUCAGCUACGGGAACAUUCAGGUUGUUGCCAUUUCGGGCUCGGAAACACAAAAUCCUCGAGAAAUCAUUCCUGCCGCAACGCGCAAGACGUUUUUUCGAGUUUUCUUCUUUUAUGUACUCAGUAUAUUCAUUGUCGGCUUGGUUGUACCGUAUGAUGACCCUAAAUUGCAAUUAUCCACGGGAACUGCACAACAGUCGCCAUUUGUGAUAGCCUUUCAGCGUUCUGGAGUCUCUGUUGUGCCAUCCAUUAUCAACGCUGUCGUCUGUACAUCAGCAUUCAGCAGUGGCUCAGCUUGUAUCUUUAUUGCUUCCAGGACUCUAUACGGUCUGAGUCGGGAUGGCCACGCACCCAAGUUCUUCCAAAAGUGCAACCGUUUUGGCGUUCCGCAUUAUGCUGUAGGCUUGACUUGCGUCUUGCUUCCGCUCGUGUAUCUGAACGUAGGUCAGAAUACAUCCGUUGUCUUUGGUUGGUUCGUUAAUAUAACCACUGUGGCUGGAUUGAUUGGUUGGAUGGUGAUUGAGAUUACGUACUUGAGGUUCUACUACGGGUUGAAAGCGCAAGGUAUCCCACGCGAUGAAUUACCAUAUCAUGGCCCUCUGCAACCCUACAACGCCUGGGCAACUCUAAUCAUGGUUUUUCUUGUCGUGUUCUUUUCUGGAUUUGAAGUUUUUGUCAGAGACAACUUUACUGCUUCUGGGUUUUUGACUCGGUAUCUGAAUGUUUUUAUAUUUAUCGCUCUCUAUGUCUUUUUCAAGCUCUGGUUUAAGUCCAAAGUAAUACCAUUGUCUGAGCUGGAUUUCCAGACCGAGCUUCAAUCUAUCAGGGAAGAAGAACAUUGUCAACAACAUAAGAACGAACUUGAAGCACGGAUAAUUCCCAUAUUCGGAAUUUCUCGACCAAGAUGGAAGUCGCAAGGGGAUCGGGUCCCCUACAUCUGGCCUAUCACAUCUUUCACGGCUUCACCCCCUUUCUUGCAAGGUACUUCCACAAAACGCAAUGCGUACAAUUAUUGA